AUGUCGGCGUACAGGCCGUUGAAUGUAAAGGAUGCCUUAACCUAUCUCGACCAAGUUAAAGUACAGUUCUCUGACCAACCAGAAGUUUACAACCGAUUCCUGGAUAUUAUGAAAGACUUUAAAAGCCAAACUAUAGAUACACCUGGCGUGAUAGACAGAGUUUCGUCACUCUUUAAAGGCCACCCUUCACUCAUUCAAGGGUUCAAUACAUUUUUACCGCCUGGUUAUCACAUUGAAUGCUCUAACAAUCCUCACGAGCCCAAUACAAUUCGUGUUACAACUCCAUCUGGAAUAACUAGCACAUCGACAGAAGGAACUACAGUCGACGGAACAACUACCACUACAACACAUCUUGUGGCAACAAACCCCUCUCAAAUGUCUACAAAUAAUCAAGCAACAGCAGCAUUCUAUCCACCUUCUACCACAUACCCACCCACUUCUGCAUUGAUGCCAGCCCUUCAAACGAUCCCGCAGAAUUCUCAAUUGAAUCAGCAGACUGUUUCUCAUUAUUUACCCGCACCGCCACAAGCAUUAGGUCAUAAUGUAGCUAGCACACCUCCAAAUCAAGUACAGGGAAAACGAGGCCCAGUCGAGUUUAAUCAUGCUAUCAAUUAUGUCAAUAAAAUUAAAAAUCGAUUCUCAACUGAACCGGAUACGUAUAAGCAAUUUUUGGAGAUAUUACAAACAUAUCAAAAAGAACAAAAACCCAUUCAAGAUGUUUACUCGCAAGUUCAGAUCCUCUUUAAGAAUGCACCUGAUUUGCUGGAUGAAUUCAAGCAAUUCCUUCCUGAUACUUCGGGAAAUGUUCCACCCGGUGGAUUGUUUGGACAUAUUCCUCCAUCUCAUGGUCCUCCUACUAAACCACCACAUCAAGUCUUAACUCCGGUCCUCUCAAGUUUGCCUGGAUUGUCGGCUCCUGGUAUAGGACGCUUACCACCUGUGGGUAAUUUCCCUCAAUCUCAAUUAGGGAACGAAACCUUUAAGAAAGGUUCGAUAUCUUCCCUACCCUCUACUUUUGGUGGACAAAAUAAUGGAGCCGCAUCCAGUACUAGUCCAGUCUCCGGUCCAAAUAAAAAGAAGAGAACAGUCACUAAUAGCGUAAACAUUAACUCGCAGGCCAAAACGAAGAAAUCCAAGUUACUGCAUAAAUCCUCAGCUGAUAACAUGCAAGCUAGCCCAAUUUUAGCCCCAGUCAAGAAUGAACAAUCGAAGCAAACACAAAGACAACCUGCUUCGAACGAGGAAAUUCUGUUCUUUGAAAAAGUUAAAAAAUUUUUGGGAAACAAAACGAAUUACACUGAAUUUCUUAAAGUUAUUGGUCUUUACACCUAUCAAAUUCUGGAUGCGCCACUUGUAGUUGAUCGCAUGAGAACUUUUAUUGGCACGAGCCCUGAGCUUUUUGAAUGGUUUAAGCAAUUUAUCAAAUAUGAUGAUCGGGAUGAAAUUGUUCAAAACACUGCUGUUACGCGCCCUCGCCUCGAUUUGGAAAGUUGUAAAGCAUUUGGUCCCAGUUAUCGGAAACUUCCAGAUGCUUUCCGAGUAGCAAAUAUGCCAUCAUCCGGAAUGGAUGCAAUAGCACGUGAAGUUUUGAAUGAUGAGUGGGUGUCCUAUCCUACAUGGGCUAGUGAGGAUGGUGGUUUUAUAUCGCACAAAAAGAAUAUCUACGAAGAAGCAUUACAUAAAUGUGAAGAGGAAAGAUACGAGUAUGAUAUGUUCAUCUAUAAUAAUCUGAAUACGAUUGCUCUACUAGAACCUAUCGCCCGAAAAAUCGCAAAAAUGCAUGCGGAGGAAAAAGCUAGAUUCAAACUUCAACCUGGACUUGGAGGUCAGUCGAUGGCAUACCAAAGAGUUAUAAAAAAGGUUUACGAUGGUGACAAACUCAAUGAAGUAUUGGAAGCAUUACAUUCGAAUCCAGCCAUGGCUGUUCCUGUAAUUCUGAGACGACUGAAGCAAAAAGAUGAAGAAUGGAGAAGAGCACAGAGAGAAUGGAACAAAAUUUGGCGUGAAGUAGAUAUGAAAAAUUAUCAUAAAUCAUUAGAUCAUCAAGGCAUCACCUUCAAGAACGAAGACAAAAAGACACUUGCUACAAAAACACUUAUAAGUGAUAUAGAGUCGAUACGUCGCGAACCAAGAGAGGAUGGAGAGCUAAAUGAAUAUCAAUACAAGUUCGUAUUCAAUGACGUUGAAGUCUUUAAAGAUUGCGCGCGUGUUUUGUUUUCAUAUAUAGAACGAUCUGGACUUGUUCCUUCAAAUGAUCGAGAUAAGAUCGAAAAGUUCUUUAAAUCUUUUGUCAUGAAUUUCUUUGAACUUCCCGCGUCAUUCUUCGAUGGAUUGCACGAAGAUACCGAAAUGUUGAUAGAUCAUGACGAGGGAGACACGAGAUCUUCAAAAAAUGCAGAUUCAUCCUCAGAAUCAGCAGCGAAUGCUCAUUGGAUUCAGAUGUCGAAGCCUUCGCGUGAUGAUCUUAAAGAAGUGGUGUCUAAGGCUGGAAUUGGCAAGCCACGAAAUACAUCUACGUGUUUCUUUGGCAAUAGCCAUUAUUACUGCUUUUUCAGAUAUCUGCAGUUACUCUUCAGCCGCCUAGAACAAAUGAAAAAUAUACCGCCGCCAAAACCCGCACCUCAUGAUAAGGCACCAAUUCCCGCAGCAGUUCAACUUGGCCUUCGUGAGCCUGAUCUUGACCCUGAGUCAGUUGGUGGAGACCCUUAUUUAGUAUUACUGGAGUUAAUAGAUAAGUUCUUCGAUGCUGAAUAUGAUAAUACUGAAUAUGAGGAUCGUGUUCGUCAAAUUUACGGCACCAAGGCUUAUAUUAUGUUUACAGUUGACAAACUUGUUUCUAGUUUAGUAAAACAAAUUUCGACAAUAAUUAAUGAUCAAAAAUCAAAUUCACUCUUGUCCUUAUUCAAUCAAAAUACAUUAAGUCGAAGUGAACCAUCAACGUUUGUUCGAUCAAGGAUUAUGUAUCAGCUAGAAGCCAACAAUAUCAUUGGCUACGAAGAUCACACUUAUCGAAUCGAUUACCGUAAAGAUGAAAGAGCAAUGUCUAUUACAUUAUCGGGAAGAGAUGGAUCUCUGGGUGAUGCGGUAUCAGCUGAAGAAAGAUGGGCUUAUUACGUAUACAGCUAUAUGAAUCUAGAUCCAACUGAUGGCGCCUCAUUGAAAGCCAAACGACCAUUCCUUUCAAGGAAUUUGCCCAUAAUUAAGGAUUUAGAUACACAAAAGAACAUGAAGAACGUCUCAUACCGAAACAAUCUUGAAAUAAAAAUUCGGGUUAAUUCGUAUCAUGUAUUCUUUGUGAAUCACACGGAGGACAGUUUCGCGAGGUUUCAUACACCUGUUGACUCUGAAAAAUUAGAACAAGAUCGAACCUUACGAAAAGAGAAAUGGAAUGAAUGGCUUAAAUCUAAAGGGAUAUGA